AUGCCGCGACUCGGGUAUACCAAAUCGCGCAAUGGGUGCUUGCGUUGCCGACAGAGGAGGGUGAAGGUAUGGUUAUUUCAUCCGUGUGAUGAGAAGAGGCCUUGUUCGGCAUGCGUGAGACACGAUGUGAGAUGCAGCCUGCUUGAUAACCCUCCUCCUGCGGGAGGCCCGUCGAGGCGGGAGCUGCCCGCGAAGCCAACUUCAGCCCAGACCGCGUUCCCUUACUUUGACAAGUUUAUGCUUCCCACCGGCGGCGAGAGGGAGGCGGCAUGGAUCCAGGACCUCGAGCUGAUGCACCACUACAGCGUGGUCACGUCGCACACCAUGCCGAGGGCCCAGGACGAGCUCCACGUCUGGCAGAAGCUGGCCCCCAAUCUCUCCUUCAAGUACCCUUUCAUCAUACACCAGAUCCUCGCCGUGGCGGCCUUCCACAUGGCCUACCUAGAGCCCGAGCGCCGCAGCGAGCUCUUAUUGCUCGCCUCGCAGCACCAGAACAGGUCCAUCGAGGGCAUGCGGGCACACCUGGCUAACAUCACCACCGAGAACUGCCACGCGCUCUUCAUGGCGUCUUCUCUCUUGCUCGUCGGGGCAUUCGCAUCCUUCGCCAACAUCAGGUCCAGUGACUCGCCGCCGCAGGUCGUCGUGGGCCAGCGAACGCCCACCAUUGAGGACAUGAUCGAUGUCUUCAUCCUCGACAGGGGUGUGGCCAGCGUGCUUCAUUCGUCCGAGCCCACCAUCCACUCGGGCUACUUCCGCGACCUCUUCCACUUCAAGGCACACAAGCGGGUCAAUCCCUUUAUGGAACAGAUGGUCAAGGAACUGCGCGCCCUCGAGGACCAGAUCAACCAGGACGAGAGCAUCAGCCGCAUCGUGCGCAUCCUCGUCAACCUCGAGAUCACAAAGCUCCUCGACGCCGCCGAGAAGGCCGUCCGGACCACCAAGGAUUCCGAGAUGCGCGUCGCAACCUACUGGCCCAUCACCAUCGCAGAGGACUACAUCACACUGCUGAGGCAGCGGAACGAGGUGGCCCUGCUGGUCCUGGUCCACUACUGUUGUAUCCUAUACAAGGCCGAAGAGAACAACUGGUUCCUCAAGGGCUGGGGCAUUAGUAUAGCUUCCGACGCAGACAAGCUCAUCUCGCCCAAGUGGCGAGGCGCUAUCAAGUGGCCGCUCGAGCAGCUGGCACAGAACGUGGCGCCCACAUCUUGA